GCAGGUAUCGUGACUACAAAACUAACUAAGCAUUAAUCUCGUUAUGUGAUGCGGUAUCACUUACAAUAUUACUUGGCGAGGCAGGUAUAUACGCCAGGUACUCGAAGUAGAGCCUCGUUAUAGAUAAAACGGUCAGUGCAUGGUCGUCAUGACAAAUUGUAUUGGAAACUUUCUGUUUGGAAAUGAGAUGCAAAAUGCUGCCUUUGAGGAUUGGGAAGAAGUAUUAAAGGCUAAGCACACAGUUGAAAUGAGAGUGUCAAAUCAACUCAACAGCCGAGCACUGAUUCAACCGGAAGUUAGAUUAUCCAAGGGCAAGCUAUUCAACGAAUUCCCCGUGGUCCCUUCUGGUAAAUCGAGUGACAACCUAUUCUAUAGAACGCCAUGGACUUGUCGAGGAGUUGUCGGUCUGAUUACGUACCUUAUAGAGGGAACGGACAAGAUCGCGUGCAUAUUCUUCAGUAACCCUUUAAUAGGGUCAAACAUUCUGGGGCUUCAAUGGCUGACACUGGACGAUGUAGUUCUGGAAAGUCGAGAAGAAAUGAUUAUCAACUUUGAAAAGAAACAAAAUGUGAACGCAAAGACAUGGAAAACGGACGAUAUCCCGUGUCAUUAUCAGUUAGUCUCGGAUUCGUUCAUUGUGAGGGCUGUUAUGAGUGGAUCCAGCAGAGUUGCUCUACAAGUAUCUCUUUUAGACUAUAAUCCAAAAAUAGAACGGUCUCUGACCUUGAGCUCUUGGAUGGAGAACCAACAUAAAGUGAACAAGAAAUGAGAAUGAUUUCAUGAAUGUAUAUGUGCAAUGGAGAGAUGGAGGAACUUUUCUUUGUCUCAGAGGAGCGACACACGGAACUCAUAAAUAUAAUCGGACUGUUCAUUGCCAUUUAAUUAGAAUGAACAAUACCAUUAGCACGUUAUUCAACGCCGUCGUGAAUGAUCUUUGCGACCACCAAUUAUAAAUUGGUUCAGUAUACCCAACCAGAGUUCUUGUAAUCCAGUCUUCCGCAUGUAUGUUACUGAAUAACGUGAACAUUUUCUGUGUAUUUUCUUUUAUAUUAUUUAUCCUUUUUAAACAAAUGAUAUUCUAAUAUUUAAACUUUUUAUUGUAUCUGUUCUUGCAUUUCCUUAUCGCCAUACAAUAUAUAUAAGUUAACAUUAUAGGGCGGUCGGGUGACACAGUGGUAACACACUUGCUUUUCUCCUAGGCGGCCGGGUUUCGAUUCCCCGAUCGGAUAUGACAAGGUAGCCUACCCGACCACGUGGGUUUCUCCGUGUACUCCAGCUUUCUUCCAACAGUAAGACCCUUCGCGCGCUUCCAUUCCGGCCUAGAGUGAUUAAUAUAAGUUGAUAUUUCGCAAUUGUUGUAACAAAUUUAAUUAUUUAAUAAAUAACGUUUAUAUGUAAGUUAACAUUGAUAUUGUUGCCUUCCAGCAGAAGCGGUGAAGGAGUAUAUGUAUUUAAAAAAAUCGUAAGAUACGAUCAUUUAAACAAAUGUUAUGUGUUAUGAAUGCAACCGUCCUAACGUCCAAAUAAAGCACUACGUUGAGAAACUUCAAUUGUUGUGGGUAAUGAACUAUGUAUCUAAACUGAAACCAUAGGCUUGUGUCACGAUCCGGAUAAUCACUAUUCUUCAUCAUUGUUAAAAUGAAAACUACCAUUUAAAUACAAAGAUAAUGUUUCCGUAUUGAAAUUCAAUUUAAUCAUUUAAUAUGUGUCGAUGAGAUAACUAAAACUGUUCAAAAUUAUUUCUGACUUUUAAUCCUUAUAUUUGAUAAAAUCCGUAAUUAUACACUGUAUCAAAAUGAAUGUAAUGAAAUAUUGUGAUACAGAGUAAACAUUUUUUGAUUCCUGGGUUUAAAUUGUGUUUUAUUUGUCAAUUUUCAUGUAACAAUAAUAUAGAAAUGUACAACACAUAGAUUAUACAUAUAUGUGAACUGAUCU